CACGCGUAAUCAUCAGCGCUACAUACUGCGCUUGCGCAGGAGCUUCGGCCUUUUCUCCCCUGUAGCGUUGUUGGGCCUGCAGGUCUGUGUGGAUCCGCGGACCUGGGUCUCUGUUCCGCAGGAUGGGGUUUGUUAAAGUUGUGAAGAAUAAGGCCUACUUUAAGAGAUACCAAGUGAAAUUUAGAAGACGACGAGAGGGCAAAACUGAUUACUAUGCUCGGAAACGCUUGGUGAUCCAGGACAAAAAUAAGUACAACACACCCAAAUACAGGAUGAUAGUUCGUGUAACUAACAGAGAUAUCAUUUGCCAGAUUGCUUAUGCCCGUAUAGAAGGGGAUAUGAUAGUCUGCGCGGCAUAUGCACAUGAACUACCAAAAUAUGGUGUGAAAGUUGGCCUAACAAAUUAUGCUGCAGCAUAUUGUACAGGCCUGCUGCUGGCCCGCAGGCUUCUCAAUAGGUUUGGUAUGGACAAGAUUUAUGAAGGCCAAGUGGAGGUGACUGGAGAUGAAUACAAUGUGGAAAGCAUUGAUGGUCAACCUGGUGCCUUCACCUGCUAUUUGGAUGCAGGCCUUGCUAGAACUACAACUGGCAAUAAAGUUUUUGGGGCCCUGAAGGGAGCUGUGGAUGGAGGCUUGUCUAUCCCCCAUAGUACCAAACGAUUCCCUGGUUAUGAUUCUGAAAGCAAGGAGUUCAAUGCAGAAGUACAUCGGAAGCACAUUAUGGGUCAGAAUGUUGCAGAUUACAUGCGCUAUCUAAUGGAAGAAGAUGAAGAUGCUUACAAGAAACAGUUUUCUCAGUAUAUAAAGAACAACGUUACCCCUGACAUGAUGGAGGAAAUGUAUAAGAAAGCUCAUUCUGCUAUACGAGAGAAUCCAGUCUAUGAGAAAAAGCCCAAGAGAGAAGUUAAAAAGAAGAGGUGGAACCGUCCUAAAAUGUCCCUUGCCCAGAAGAAAGAUCGGGUAGCUCAAAAGAAGGCAAGCUUCCUCAGAGCUCAGGAACGGGCUGCUGAGAGCUAAACCAAACAACAGUUUUUCUAUGAAGUUUUUUCAGAUACAGAUAAUAAACUUAUUGAACCAGCAGUUA